UGGAGAAAUUAUACAGUGGAUUUGUCACUUAAAAUAUCGUAACUGUCUCGGGGACAAUACCCCAUGCUGAGGAUUAAUGGUCCCUCCAGACCUUUGAUUCACCAGCGCCUUUUCUUUGCCCUUGACAAAUUGGAUUUUUAGGAAUGGGAAGGUCGCCUGGCCCAUUGUCUGCCAGCCAUUCACUCCGCCUGAUUAUGCAGGAGGGUUAGGGAAAGGCUCCAUGUGACCCUCUUGGAUGGGACUCCGCAGCUGCUCGAGGAGCCAAACUCUCUCACCAAACUCUGCGCCCCAGAGCAUCCCCCUGCCAAGGGGUACCCCUCCUGCUCCCGUUGAAAAGCCGGCGGCCGCACACCGCCGCGUCACUCUGCGGGCGGAGAUACGCCUGUGCUCAUCCUCCCCGCCGCUCGCCGCUGUCACUCCGGCCCCCUUAAGUAGUUGGGGUUCCCGAGCGCUCCCACCCAGAGGCAGCGAUGCAAACCAGCAGGGCUCCGGCCAUCAGCGUGAGCGCCGAGAGCUGCAUCCCGGCCGGGCUGCGCCUGGGUCCUGUCCCGGGCAUCUUCAAACUGGGCAAGUACCUGUCAGACCGCAGGGAGCCAGGACCCAAGAAAAAGGUGCGGAUGGUGAGAGGGGAAUUAGUGGAUGAAGCCGGGAGCUCCGCUUUGGAGUGGAUAGGGUUAAUCCGGGCUGCCCGAAACUCCCAAGAGCAGACACUGGAGGCUGUUGCGGAUCUGCCAGGAGGACAGAAGUUUCCUUUCUUCCCCUCCCAGAUUUUCUACCGGGCGCUGCGAGAUGUCCAGCCGGGAGAGGAGCUCACCGUCUGGUACUCCAACCCCCUGGCGCAGUGGUUCGACAUCCCCGUCACGGCCACCCCGACGCACGACGAGAAAGAUAAGGAUACCCGAGGAUAUCGGGAAGGGGACGACGCCCGCCGAGGGCCGCUUGUUUCAGUCUGCAAGCUGAUUCUUAUCUGGAAAUACACCGACGUUAACAAAGACGAUGAGGUGACAGCACAUUAAAAUGGGAAAAAGAAAACGACACCCUUCAGCGAUCACCAGUCGGUCCGCUCUGGCGGCGGGCGCACCCUCCCGCUAAUCCCGGUGGCGGAGGCCGGGUCCGGCCGCUCCCAGAGGCGGCGGGAGCUCGGCGCGAUCGGCGGGCGCUCGCUCACCUCGGGCUAAACCUAAACUCAGCUGGCGACCGGGGACGCCCCUGCUCCGGCCCUACGCAGAAGAUCCUUCAGCCUGACGGUGCCCCUGGGAAGGGAGCGAGGGCACGAUCCGGCGAGGGGUUGAGCCCCCCGAAGCCACCCCCAAGGUUGGCCGCUCCGCAGGGUCAUCAGGGUCCGGCCUGGAGGGGUGACUGCCCAGAAAGGGACGCCGGCUGCUCACGUCCCCCCCGGCUCGUGCGAUGCGCAACCCCCCAAAUUCCUCCUCCUCCUAAACUUGUACCCGGAAAAGAAACUCUCGGUCACGUCUCUACCCUCCCCACCAAGGGCAGUGAGGGUCUGCGGAGGGUCACCUCCUCGAAGAUCCUGGCCUCUGGCGAAAUUUUGGGCUGCAGGAAGGAAGACACGCUGCUGGGUUCUGCACCCCUCUCCCCCCACCCAGCAGCCCGGCCCGCGGAUGGGUACCAACGCUGCUCGAAGGAAAUAAAGGAAAGAAAGCUCAGCUCUGCCAGAGGCACCCAGCAUGUGGCAUCUGCCUCGUCCCUUCGAAGCGAGGCUUAGUUGCAAACUCACCCCGCGGAUCUGCUGUGUCUCCGGCCCCACAGUUUCCAGACUAAUUAAUAUGGACUCAGAAUAGGUAUAUCAAAAUGCUGAGCCUCUCUUCUUUUAAGGAUAGUACGCUGAAAAAAACCCAAAACCAACCCAGGGAGGAAGAAAUUAAGAGAGGGGUUUUUUUGUUUGUUUGUUUUUUGUUUGUUUUUUUCUUUUUUUUUAAACCGAAAACAAAACUUUGGAAAUCAUCUCUGUUUGACCCCAUAUAUUUGGGUUUACCAUGACAACAAAGGGGUGUUUUUCGUUUUCUUUUUUUUUUUUUUUUCUCCCUCCUUUUAUUUUUUAACCCGAUCAGUGGUUGCUGGACUGGAGCUGAGCUCGGGAACGCGCCGGGCCGGGCUCGGUGGCGCUCGGGAGGCAGCCGGUCCCGUCACGCUAUUGCUCAGAACCACCGGGGCCAAACCGCGCCAAGGUAGAGACCCGCGAAGGCAAACGCAGGCAGUGGGAGGGAGCCCGCGGAGGUCCGUGGCCUCUCGGUCCGUACCGCUCCCUAACGCGUUUACAAUGCAGGGCGGUGGGACUGAGGCCGCUGUUUCGCCUCCCGCGGCCGCUGCCUCACCCAGGCCCGGGCAGACACGCUCCCGCCUCCCUCCUUCCUUCAAUGGGGCGAAAACCCGACGUCCGCCGACAGGCAUAUCGCUGCACAGCCCGCGGACCGCCGCUCCACGGAAAGCGGGGAAGGGCUGCACACGACGGCAAGGACACGGGCGACGAGACACGCCACAGCGCUGAAUCCUUUCACGAGACUUCGCGCCCGAGCUUCCCGAGGAGAUCGAAGACGGGUGUUUCACCCGCAGUGGCCACCGGCUGAUCCCCGGCACAAACGCUGCAAGUAAAAGCCCUCUCGGGAGGCUGGUCGCGGCCAGCGUGCCCACCUGGGUCACCCGCCGCCCCCCCGGGUGCCUCCCGGAUGUCGUGGAGGGCAGCGCAGGGCUGAGCCGAGGCCCCCGGCAUCCCCGGUCGCUUGUGCUCCACCUCACCCCCUCAUCGCCCCCCAAGGGACCCCCCGAAAGGUGAGGAGCUGGCCCCAGGCCCGGAAUGGCCUCUCGUUUCUGUGUGGCGCUUGGCCCGGCCUUCAGCGUUUGGGUGCAUCAGCUCAGGAGUGCAGAGGAGCGGGGGACAGGCAGGGUGGGCGGUGUGCGAGGGAGAUCCGGGGGCUUCUGAAACGUCCUGUCGGUGUUGUAGUGAUGGGGAGGGACAUGAGAGAGAGGUGGAUACAUACAGACAGAAAAAGAGGAGGAGAGGAGAGGAGAGGAGA